AUGAAGCACCAAGCUGCACUCAAUACGUCAAUUCCCAAUUUUGAGAUCAACAGGGUCACAAAUAUUGUUCAAGCCCUCUUGAAGAAGCAAGUGUUCCAAUCAGACACUAAGGCUAAGAUGGAAUUUCCCGAUAUAUUUACUCCUUCUCCUGCCAAUAACGUCAAAAGCAAUGUCUUUGAAGCUGAUGCAGACCAUUCAGCAGCACAUAUACUUGAAGAAAUUACACUUGCUCACGCGAAAGACAGUGAGAGGACGCAGGUUCCUCCAGGGUCGCUGUCUGUUCAGUUACAAGCCCAUGAUGAAGCGCAGGUUCAGGCUGAGGGAGACAGCGAUUCAUCACCUGGAUCUGCAUUAGAGCCGAGAUUACCUAUGCCUUCUCUCUAUCCAUCAUACUUUCCAUAUAGUGCCCAGCAUUCUCUCUUAUCGAGUAUUCAACAAGUCCUAGAAGAAUGCUGUUUUGAUUUUACAAAGAAAUGGUUACCUUCUGAAGUCGAAAACCACGAAUGGGAUUGUGCCGCGGCUAUGGAGCUCACAGAGUGGACGAAGUUCUUAGCAAAGUGGUCACCACAACUUCCCCAUGAGUCCUUGCAAUUGAGAGGCUCACAGUUAGACACACUCCUAUCUAAAAUUUGUCAAAUUCGACACACAGCAGUUCACCGGCAGCCAAUCACAGCAACCAGUGUCAGUUUGCUGGUCCUGGCAGCUAAGAGGCUGGCAGAAGCUUUGCAAGAUCCUUUACGCACAUCACAAUUGGAAGACCUUCACUUCGACAUACAAAACAAGAUCCAGGCAAUGGAGCUGAACAAGAACGCCCUUGAAGCUGAUCAUGCUCAUGAGCUUAGAGCCGUGCAGCUCCAACGAGAUGAAUUAGACCAGAAGGAGGAGCAGCUCAGAGCCAAAAUUAUCAACCACGACAAAGAGAACAAAACUCUCACAGGCCUUCUGGUUAAGGAAUCAAUUAGAAGAAUUUUUAAUGACAGAGAAAGCGCCCUUGAUUAUGAUUCGGCUUGGUUUGAGGCGGAAUAUGAGGGAGCAAAUAGAAACACCUUUAACUAA